AUGUCAAGGAACUUUUACAAUUAUGACCCAACAGUGGACAUACUGCAGCCUCCUUUGAUCCCAGAUGUCAUUCUCAAGAGCAACCUCAAGGAACUCACAUUGCCCACCGGAAACCAGGUAUUGGAAUCACUGCCCCUCACGGCUUGGUUCCACAGAACGAGGAGUAACAUCAUAAGCCACCUCACUCGGUAUGAAGCGGAGUGGGAGACGCAAAAGAGCGCUGCGAGAAACGAACUACACAGCGUCAAAAGCUAUUUGAAGGGUAACAUCUUCAACGAUGCAAGGGAGCUCUACGCUCUUCCGGAAACCAAUAUUCUAACUAUAUGUGCGUACUUUGCGGGCCGUAUAAUCACCAACCGGAAGAAUUGGGGGGUUUCUGCUGCGACGCUGCAGAGUGUGAAGUCAUCAGUUCACAGACCUUCCCUGAUGGCACGUGUCUGCACCAGCAUUCCAUCCAAAAUGGUAUUGCCAUGGGCGAUGGCAGGAGCGGUAUUUAAGGAGCUUGCGCCAACUGCUUUUGAUAAUACCAUCACUAGUUUGGAAAGCGAUAUCCUUGACCCUGGCUUUGUAGCCCAAUACAAAACUCUCUGGAGAGACUACUACACUAAUGGUGCAAAGAAGGCUUCAAUUGAGGCCGCAGAAUUACUCGAAGGGAAACUACAAGGAUAUAUCGGCUUUGCAAGGAAUUUCAUAAUUUACAGUACUAGAUAG